UUAGGAGGAGUUGAUUCUUUGCUGUUGGGAGCCAGGGGAGGACGGGGCCACCAUCUCUUCCCAGCUUUCAAUUUAAUUUGUAACUCCCCAGACUGGAUCUCUGCUCCCUUGGGACAUUUAUAUACUGGUUUUGUCUUAUUUUUUCCCCCCUCCUCUACAGUGGUGCCACAGUCAAAGGCUGGUGGCAGCUAAAUCAUAGCUGGAGCACAGGAGGCUGGUGCUUGGAGAGGAUCCUGAUCCUGCCUGGAGCCAUGGAGCAGCUGGGAGAGCCAGGGCUCACACGGACGGGGCAGAGGCCCCCAUUGCUGGAGCUGGAGGAUCUGCCAGCUGUGAGAAAGGGGCCAUGUGGGGCCGGACAACCCUCCCUGCGGGACCCGAAGGCACCAUCAGGGGGCAGGAGGAGGAUCAGUCAUGCGAGAGUGAAAGGGAAAGGCCAGCUGAAGUUGUCCAUCGAGGUGCGGGGCCGAACGCUGGUGCUGCACGUCAUGGAAGCAAAAGGCCUGAUGGGCAGCGAGUGCCGUGCGUGUGACUCCUACGUGAAGAUGUCCAUCGUGCCAGAUGCUGACUGGAAAUGCAGGCAAAAGACCAAGACUGUGCCAGACAGCAAAAAUCCCGUCUUCCACGAGCACUUUGUUUUCCCAGUGCAGGAGGAGGAUGAGCAGAAACGUCUCCUGGUCACAGUCUGGAACAGAGAGAGAAAUUCCAGGCAGAGUGAACUGAUUGGCUGCAUGAGCUUUGGUGUGAAGUCCCUCCUGUCCCUGGACAAGGAGAUCAGUGGCUGGUACUACCUCCUCGGGGAGGACCUGGGCAGGACCAAGCACCUGAAGGUGGCCAUGAGGCGGCUGAAGCAGAGCACAGAGCCGGUACUGGGAAGUCAGAGUGCAGCUCAGGAGAGCCAGGAUGCUGUCACCCUGAAGCAGCUGAAGAUCACGAUCCCUCGAGGGAGUGAUGGCUUUGGUUUCACCAUCUGCUGUGACUCCCCAGUCCGUGUGCAGGCCGUGGACUCUGGUGGCCCAGCAGAGAAGGCAGGUCUGCAGCAGCUGGACACGGUGCUGCAGCUGAAUGAGCAGCCUGUGGAGCACUGGAAAUGUGUGGAGCUGGCUCACGAAAUCCGGAACUGUCCCACUGAGAUCAUCCUACUGGUGUGGAGGCUGGUCCCGCAGGUGAAGGCAGGCCCCGAGGGGAUGAUCCGCAGGUCCUCCUGCAAGUCCACCUACGACCUGCAGUGCCCCCCGCACAAGCGGGAGAAGAACAGCGCGGGCCCCGCGGCCGAGCAGCGCCGCAGCUGCCACGUCCUGUGCGACAGCAGCGAGGGGCUGCUGCUCAACAGCUGGGACAGGUACACCGAGCUGGGCAAGAGGGGCCAGAACACCCUGCCGGCCCUGUCCCGGGUGCCCUCGGCCGCCGACCAGAACUACAUCAUCCUGACGCCCCUGAACCCGGGGAGCCAGCUGCUGAGGCCUGUCUAUCAAGAGGAUGACACUGCUGGGGGGAAUGCUUCUAAAGGGAAAUCCCACACGGGGUCUGGGAGGAAAUCCAGGCUGAUGAAGACUGUGCAGUCCAUGAAGAGCUACGGGAACUACCAGAACUGCACCAUAGUGAGACCCCACAUCCCACACUCCUACGGCACCUACGUGACCCUGGCCCCCAAAGUGCUGGUGUUCCCCAUCUUUGUGCAGCCCCUUGAUCUCUGCAACCCAGCCCGGACUCUGCUUCUGUCGGAGGAGCUGCUUCUUCAUGAGAGCAGGAACAGGACUACAGAGGUGACCCUCUUUGUCUACUCAGACCUGCUGCUCUUCACCAAGGAGGACGAGCCCGGGCGCUGCAACGUGCUGAGGAACCCUCUGUACCUGCACAGUGUCAAGCUCCAGGAGGGUUCAGAAGAUCGGAAGUUCUGCCUCCUUUACCUUGCAGAGAAGUCGGAGUGCUUAUUAAGUUUGGAGGCUUACUCCCAGGAGCAGAAGAAGAGGAUCUGCUGGUGUCUGGCUGAGAACAUCACCAAGCAGCAACAUCCGGCAUCAGCUCCUACGGAGAGCAAGAUGCUGGAGACAGACACGGAGAAGCCGGGGCAGAUGCACUCGGAGGACGGGAAGGCAGCCGUGGGUGAUGCUCCUCCGGCUGCCGAGGCACCGGCUCCGGCCGAGCCCUGGGAUGCCCUGGGAGCCACCCAGGGCCCUCUCCUGGUGGAAAAGCAGCCAGUGGCCACUGCAAAGGGAGAGGAGCAGCCCAGCUCCCUGCCAGCCUUCGUCAUCCCGGAGCUGCGCCUCGACAGCACCUUCAGCCAGAGCGUGGCCGGCGUGGCGGGCAGCACCACGGACGGGGAGGACGACGAUGAGGAGGAGGAAGAUGAGGAGGAGGAGGAUGAGGAGGAGGACAGUGACGAGCAGUACCUGGAGAGGAACGAGGUGAAGCGCAGCAGCAUGAUCGAGACGUCGGGCUGCCAGCCCGGGUACACGCUGAGCGUGCAGGGCUCCCUGCGGCGCCGCACCCACAGCGAGGGCAGCCUCCUGCAGGAGGCCAAGGGGCACUGCUUCACCUCGGACACCACCCUCAACUGCUCCGACAGCCAGGGCACCACGGCCCGCUGGGCACUGCCCUCCCCCAGGACCCUCAAGAAGGAGCUCGUCAAGAACGGCGGCUCCAUCCACCAGCUCACACUGCUGUUCUCGGGCCACAGGAAGCUGAGUGGAGCCGACCCCGAGUGCAGCUGUGAUGAAGGGGAUGAGACCUCCCGCAAGAAACGGAGCAGGAGCCUAGCCAAGGACAUGAAGAACCGGCUGGGGAUUUUUCGGCGGAGGAACGAGUCCCCCGGAGCCAACCCCUCCGGCAAGCUGGACAAAGUGCUCAAAUCCCUCAAGCCCACUCCCGAGGAAGCACUCAAGUGGGGAGACUCCCUGGAGAAGCUGCUGCUGCACAAAUACGGGCUCGCUGCCUUCAGGGCCUUCCUGCGCACCGAGUUCAGCGAGGAGAACCUGGAGUUCUGGCUGGCCUGUGAGGAGUUCAAGAAGAUCAAAUCCCAGUCCAAGAUGGUCUCCAAGGCCAAGAAGAUCUUUGCCGAGUACAUCGCCAUCCAGUCCUGCAAGGAGGUCAACCUGGACUCCUACACCCGGGAGCACACCAAGGAGAACCUGCAGAACAUCACCCGCGGCUGCUUCGACCUGGCGCAGAAGAGGAUUUACGGGCUCAUGGAGAAGGACUCGUACCCCCGCUUCCUGCGCUCUGACUUGUACCUGGACAUAAUUAACCAGAAGAAAGCCAGCUCCCCGCUGUAGACCCAAGGACUGUCUCGGGGCAGGCUGGGAGCUGUGUGUUUACAUGGAGUUGGGCAGUGAAGGCCUUCCUGGGAGCCGGCGGGAGCGUGUUUUCCUGCUGCCACUCGUGCCCCCAAGCCAUAAUUCCUGCAGCAACGGACGUGGGGCAGCUGAAGGCACCGAGCUUGGGGCCAGGGGGACCGACACACCAAGCAGUCUGGUACUGCUCCAUCGCGGGUACGACGCCUUCGGGGUGACUCCGGCGUGGAUUUUAGCCAGGAGGGGAGCUCCCACGAGACUACUGUGAAGCAGUGCCCCAGCUGUGAGCGUUCCUGGAGGGCGGCGAGCGAUCCCAGAUUGCUGAGGAGGAGUUUUGAGCAGGGCUCCAGCGAGGGGGACAACAGCACCACCAUGAACACCACCCCGGAUCAAAGCCUCAUGGCCUGGCCCAGCCCCAGGAUGCUGCUGUGCUUCCCCGUGCCGUGGUGCCUCCCGGCUGCCCCGCGGCAGCAGCUGCAGGAGCCCGGCCUCGUCCCCCCGGGAGCAGGGAGAGCCGGGUCCUCCCCCUGCGCGGGGGGUGUGCAGACCACCCCCUCCCACCCCACCCCUGGUUUAUUUAUUGACCUCCUCUAGCUGGACAUUACUGUGUAAUAGGAAACCCCCUGUCCUUUCCCGUUCCCAGAUGACAAGUGCAAUAUUUGUGUGUGUCGCGGCCGAGUUCUCCGGCGGAGUGGGUGCCUUUGUUUUUUGGGUGUGUACAUUUUGUAAGUAGCGGGUUUUACCUGACAGACCAUUCCCUGGCAGCAGGCCGCUGGGGGAGCCUGGUGUAUAUAUCUCAUGCCCUGACGACGGAGGGUUUGGCGAUGGAGAAAAGCAGCUCUGUGAAGCAGACACUCUCCUGACUCUGGAUAACAAUACUGUGUUUUGGGAAGCGGGGGUUCCUGCUGGCCCUGGCAGAGCGGGGUGGACUGCCUGCCUCCCAGUUUACAGUGCAAAGCAUCUCUGCAGCUAGAAAAAAACCAACAUUGUCAUGGUCAUAGGUAAAUAAAAGGAGAAUAUAA